UUGUUAUGCGUGAUAUGUCAGCUGUUAACUGUUUGUCAAAAAUGAAGAACGUAAAUUUUAAUAACAAACUAGUAUAAAACUUGUUUUGGUAAUUUUUAUAUAUUAUAGCAAUCAUGAUGAAGGCGUAAUUACUGUCGACGUUUCAAAUAGCAUUUUAGUGGAUUCAGUUACUGCAAUGGCUCAGACACUACUUCCAGCUGAUUACAUCCAGUCCUCGGAGGACUUGAAUGAUGAUGGUGACUCUACAAAAUUGACAUUAGCAUAUGAAAGAUUGUAUGAAUUGCCAAGAACCAUCAUUGAAACAUUCUGCGAUCACAUUAGGUACCUGGAUAUAAGUCACAAUAAAAUAACAAAUCUUGAUGGCUUAGUACAUUUUAAGCACCUUACAACACUAAUAGCUGAUGAUAAUCCAAUAACUGAGCACUGCUUGUUACCUCCGAUGCCUAAUUUACAAUUAUUAUGGUUAAACCGUUGCAAAAUAUCAUCACUGUACCCAUGGGUGAGCAAACUCAAAGAGUCCUGUCAAAAUCUCCAGUAUCUGUCUGUAAUGGGAAAUCCAGCGGCUCCCAGUUAUUUUAAUGGGGGUACUUUCUAUGAAAUGCUUCAGUACAGGCUGUUCGUGAUAUCACAGUUUCCAUCCCUCCUACACCUGGAUGAUAGAAAAGUGACAGAAGAUCAAAGAGAGGAAGCACACAGGUUGUACAAACGGCCACUUCUCGAGAGAAUCAUGAAGCCAGGAUCCGGGAGCCUGACUCAACUGAUGACCAGCUCGGUGACUUGGAGCUCCGUCCAUAAUAAAUUAUCUUCGUUUUGGAAUAAGGAAAAAGGACAAAGAAGAAAUUUACUUAUUUAGUAAAUUAUUGAAGAUAGGGAAGAGACAUUUUUGAGACUGGAUAGAAUUUGAUCAAGGAUCAAGAAAAUCGUUUUGUUACUCAAAGCUAUAAAUAGUUACAAGACACAGUAUAAGCUACAACUAUACUAAGUUAAGUUAAAAACUUUAAAUUCACCUUACCAUUCCCGCUUCAUACAUACAUACAUACACAGACACAUAUAUACACUUCACAUAAACAAACACAUUUAAAUUAAUUCAUAGUUUCGUUUAAUUUGAUUUUGGUUUGAUAACACAAAUGUGUAGAAAAGGUUUGUAGACGUUAACAGCACAAAUUCGAUAGUAGCGGAUGUUUCCAUCUAUGUGAUCAUAGUCUUAUUGCACAUAUUCGGUAAAAUACCACGUA